GAAGAGCACAGCUAUGUAUAGUAUCCAGCCCCCCGGCACCUCACAGGCCCCGCUGGACUCCUCUUUGGACUUUGUGUCUGCAUAAAGAAGGCGUGAAGGAGCAGCUGCUCGGUCCUGAAGAUGCUUGUAGAACUUGGAUUUGUCUGCACAGCUCGGGAUGCUUGAAAACUGCGAUCGACGGACCAACUUUGACCUCCGACACUCGCUGUAGCGUUUCCUACAUUCCCCUAUCCGCUGGGCGUGGGUGACCUUUUCCGACUGUGACUCUCAAACCAAACUCCGGCGGACUUUCUGGGGUGUGUGGUGGUUGCUUGCGGACCAUGCUCUCCCUUUGCUUGUUCCUGCUGCCUUGCCUGAGCCUUGUGCCGUUGGCCCCGGCAACAAAGGGCCUCGAGUUCCCACAUUACGACGGGAAAGACCGCGUUCUCGACAUCAAUGACAAGAACUAUAAGAGCGCCUUGAAGAAGCACAGCAUGGUGUGCAUGUUCUACCACGGGCCCGUAUCGGACAGCAAGGAGCUGCAGAAACAACACAAGAUGACCGAGUUGGUGCUGGAGCUUGUAGCUCAGGUGGUGGAGGAGAAAGACAUCGGGUUUGGAAUGGUGGACUCCCACAAAGAUGCAAAAGUAGCAAAGAAGCUGGGCCUGGAGGAGGAGGGCAGCAUGUAUGUGUUCAAGGCCGAUCGGGUCAUCGAGUUCGACGGUUUGCUCUCGGCAAACACUCUGGUGGAGUUUCUGUUGGACCUGCUGGAGGAGCCGGUGGAGGUGAUAGAUAACGCUCUGGAGCUGAGAGCCUUCGAUAGGAUGGAGGAAGACAUCCGGGUCAUUGGUUUCUUCAAGAGCGAGGACUCUGAGCACUAUGACGCAUUUAAAGAAGCUGCAGAGCAGUUUCAGCCCUACAUCAAGUUCUUUGCCACAUUUGAAAAAUCUGUGGCCAAGGAGGUGACCCUAAAGUUGAAUGAGGUGGAUUUCUAUGAGCCCUUCAUGGAGGAGCCCGUCACCAUCCCGGGCAAGCCUCACUCGGAAGAGCAUCUGGUGAAAUUCAUAACUGAACACAGACGACCGACUCUGAGAAAGCUGCGUGCAGAAGACAUGUUUGAGACCUGGGAGGAUGACAUCGAGGGCGUCCACAUUGUGGCCUUUGCCGAGAAGGAAGACCCUGAUGGUUUUGAGUUCUUGGAAAUCUUGAAGGAAGUUGCGAGAGACAACACCCACCUACUCGAUCUGAGCAUCAUCUGGAUCGACCCCGAUGAUUUUCCCCUGCUGAUCCCCUACUGGGAGAAGACCUUCAAGGUGGACCUGUUCCGACCACAGAUCGGAGUUGUCAACGUUACCGAUGCCGACAGCGUGUGGAUGGAGAUGGAGGACGAGGAGGAUCUGCCCAGCGCACAGGAGCUGGAGGACUGGAUAGAGGACGUGCUCUCUGGCAAAGUCAACACUGAGGAUGAUGAUGAUGAUGAGGAAGAUGACGAGGAUGAUGAUGACGAGGAUGAUGAUGACGACGAUGACGACGAUGAUGACGACGAUGAAGAUGAUGACGAUAACGAGGAUGAUGAUGACGAUGAUGAUGACGACGACGACGACGACGAUGAUGAUGAGUAAAAGAGGUCCUAGCAAAUGUUGAUUUUUCAGUUUUUUUUCUUCAAGACAAAAAAAUGCUGUAAAAUAACUUCUUACAAAUAAACAAUAUAAUUAUUUAUAAUACAAA